CAAAGGGUUUUGAAACCUACCGUUUCCAUUUUCACCCUCCCCACGUCCUAAGGCUAAAACCCUACUCUGAGUCUCCGUGUGUAAUCCACAAAGGGAGGGAAAGCGGCAAUGGGCCAUUGCUGCAUGAAUCACACCGACACUGCUCUCUCUUCCAUUUUUGCUCAAUCCAACCUCUCCUAUCUCUCCACGCAACCAAACCCCUUCCGCUUCUUCCUCUUCUCCAAGACCCACCGAAACGCCGCCGUUCCGUCUCUCAGACUCCGCUCAUGGCCCACUUCCACGCCGCCGAGCCUCCGAGUAGCCACCUCGGUUCGGAGCGCCUCCAAAGAAGAAGCAGCGCCGCCCAAGCAGCAGCGGCGGCAGGUGGGGAAAAGGACCGACCUGAAGAAGAUUCUGAUACUGGGCGCCGGCCCCAUUGUGAUCGGGCAAGCCUGCGAGUUCGAUUACUCGGGGACUCAAGCUUGUAAGGCUCUGAAAGAAGAAGGAUACGACGUCGUUUUGAUCAAUUCCAACCCGGCCACCAUCAUGACCGACCCCGAUUUGGCGGACCGGACUUACAUUACGCCGAUGACGCCGGAGCUGGUGGAGCAAGUCCUCGAAAAGGAGCGCCCCGACGCUCUCCUCCCCACCAUGGGAGGGCAGACGGCGUUGAACCUCGCCGUUGCGUUAGCCGAGAGCGGUGCGCUUGAAAAGUAUGGGGUGGAGUUGAUCGGGGCUAAGCUGGAGGCCAUAAAGAAAGCAGAGGAUAGGGAUUUGUUCAAGCAGGCCAUGAACAACAUUGGGAUCAAAACGCCGCCGUCUGGAAUUGCCAACACUUAUGAGGAAUGCGUCGAAAUCGCGAAUGAGAUUGGUGAGUUUCCCUUGAUCAUUAGGCCGGCUUUUACUCUAGGAGGGACGGGAGGUGGAAUUGCUUAUAAUAAGGAGGAGUUUGAGACAAUCUGUAAGUCGGGGCUGGCGGCGAGCUUGACUUGUCAGAUUUUGGUGGAGAAGUCAUUGUUGGGGUGGAAGGAGUAUGAGCUUGAGGUCAUGAGGGACUUGGCAGACAAUGUGGUUAUUAUUUGCUCCAUUGAGAAUAUUGACCCAAUGGGGGUUCAUACUGGGGAUUCUAUCACCGUGGCGCCUGCGCAGACUUUGACUGAUAAGGAGUAUCAGCGGCUAAGAGACUAUUCCAUUGCUAUAAUAAGGGAGAUUGGAGUGGAAUGUGGUGGCUCUAAUGUGCAGUUUGCGGUGAACCCCAAAGAUGGGGAGGUUAUGGUGAUUGAGAUGAAUCCUAGGGUGUCGCGGUCCUCCGCUCUCGCAUCCAAAGCUACUGGAUUUCCCAUAGCGAAAAUGGCUGCCAAGUUGUCAGUUGGGUAUUCCUUGGAUCAAAUUCCCAAUGACAUUACAAAGAAGACACCGGCUAGUUUUGAACCUUCCAUAGACUAUGUGGUAACAAAGAUUCCCAGGUUUGCUUUUGAGAAAUUUCCUGGUUCACAGCCAAUAUUGACGACCCAGAUGAAAUCUGUUGGUGAGUCAAUGGCUCUGGGUCGUACAUUUCAAGAGUCCUUUCAGAAGGCAGUUCGAUCUUUGGAAUGUGGUUUCUCUGGAUGGGGCUGUGGCAAAAUUAAGGAACUGGACUGGGGUUGGGACAAGUUGAAAUAUAGCCUCCGAGUCCCUAACCCAGAUCGAAUCCAUGCCGUAUAUGCUGCAAUGAAGAAGGGGAUGAAGGUAGAUGAAAUUCAUGAGCUGAGUUUCAUUGACAAAUGGUUCCUCACACAGCUCAAGGAGUUGGUAGAUGUAGAGCAAUUCCUCCUGGCUAGAAACUUGUCUGAUCUAACAAAGGAUGAGUUCUACGAAGUGAAGAAAAGAGGCUUCAGUGACAAACAGAUAGCUUUUGCCACUAAAUCUUCUGAAAAUGAAGUGCGGUUGAAGAGACUAUUGUUAGGUGUUACUCCAGCAUAUAAGCGGGUAGAUACAUGCGCUGCAGAGUUUGAGGCCAAUACUCCUUAUAUGUACUCUUCCUAUGACUUUGAGUGUGAAUCAGCUCCGACCCAAAAAAAGAAGGUUUUGAUUUUAGGCGGAGGACCAAAUCGAAUUGGUCAGGGUAUUGAAUUUGACUACUGCUGUUGCCAUACAUCCUUUGCCCUUCAGAAAGCAGGAUAUGAAACAAUUAUGAUGAAUUCAAAUCCUGAAACAGUAUCUACUGAUUAUGACACGAGCGACCGUCUAUAUUUUGAGCCACUGACUGUUGAAGAUGUGCUGAACAUAAUUGAUUUGGAAAGACCUGAUGGGAUCAUUGUGCAGUUCGGAGGACAAACACCUCUGAAGCUGGCACUUCCCCUCCAGCAGUAUUUAGACGAAAACAAGCCGAGAUGUGCAAGUGGGAUUGGACAUGUACGCAUUUGGGGUACAACACCUGACUCAAUAGAUGCUGCUGAGGACAGGGAGAAGUUCAAUGCAAUCCUUAAUGAGUUAAAGAUUGAACAACCAAAAGGAGGAAUUGCAAAGAGCGAAGCAGAUGCUCUUGCAAUUGCAACAGCCAUUGGCUACCCCGUUGUUGUCCGACCUUCCUAUGUAUUAGGUGGCCGUGCCAUGGAGAUAGUCUAUAGUGAUGAAAAACUUGUGACCUACCUUGAAACUGCUGUUGAGGUGGACCCAGAACGCCCUGUAUUGAUUGACAGGUAUCUGUCAGAUGCCAUUGAGAUUGAUGUUGAUGCACUUGCUGACUCUCAUGGGAAUGUUGUCAUUGGUGGGAUAAUGGAGCACAUUGAGCAGGCUGGGGUCCAUUCUGGUGACUCUGCUUGCUCAAUUCCGACAAAAACCAUCCCAGCUUCUUGCUUGAAUACAAUCAGGUCAUGGACUAUAAAAUUGGCCAAGAGGCUGAAUGUGUGCGGGCUGAUGAACUGUCAGUAUGCAAUUACAAUGUCUGGUGAUGUUUAUUUACUUGAGGCAAAUCCUCGUGCUUCCCGUACAGUCCCAUUUGUGUCCAAGGCAAUUGGACAUCCAUUGGCUAAAUAUGCUUCCCUGGUUAUGUCUGGGAAGUCUCUUCAUGACCUUAAUUUCACAAAAGAAGUCAUUCCUGCACAUGUGUCAGUAAAGGAAGCUGUUCUUCCAUUUGAGAAGUUCCAAGGUUGUGAUGUACUGCUUGGGCCUGAGAUGCGUAGCACUGGUGAGGUGAUGGGUAUUGAUUUUGAGUUUCCCAUUGCAUUUGCCAAGGCGCAGAUUGCUGCUGGACAGAAGCCACCACUUUCUGGCACUGUGUUCUUGAGCUUAAAUGACUUAACCAAACCUCAUCUUGAAAGGAUUGCAACCGCAUUUUUAGGCCUUGGAUUUAAGAUUGUUUCAACUUCAGGGACAGCUCAUUUUCUUGAAUUAGCGAAAAUUCCCGUGGAACAAGUGCUGAAGCUGCAUGAGGGGCGACCUAAUGCUGGUGACAUGGUUGCAAAUGGACAAAUCCAGUUGAUGGUGAUCACAAGUUCUGGGGAUGCACAUGAUCAAAUUGAUGGACGGCAGCUAAGGAGGAUGGCUCUUGCUUACAAGAUUCCAGUAAUUACCACAGUUGCCGGAGCAUUGGCCACUGCAGAAGCAAUAAAGAGUCUAAAGUCCAGCUCCAUUAAAAUGAUUGCUCUUCAGGACUUUUUUGAUGAUGAGAACAAAGCUCUCGGUAAUAAGAAGUUGCAGUCAGCCUCGUCCUAUAUAUGAGAAAACCUCGAUUUUUUGAUAAGACGCUUGGGCUUCCUCAUCAUGUUUUUUACUUUGUUUCCACUUUGUGUAUCCUUAAUGUUGUCUGGAACAUGUUUUUCUUUAAGUUAUUAGUUCUUAGCUAAAUUUAGCCAGUUUGCUUAACCUUUUUUUGCAAGAUUUGGGUAGCUAUUUGUAAUAUAGGAUUAGUUCGAUGGUGGUAGAAUUAGCAUUUGUUACUACUUUGUUGAUGUAUGCUCUUGCGCAGACAUGUACUUUUCUAAACUGCUUCA